AUGAAAAGCUUAAAUAAAGCUUAUACUGGAAUACAGUUUAACAAACAAACAGAAGAAAGAUCUUUAAAUACUAGAAAUUUUUAUAAAAAAACCGUAAAAAGGACUGGAUAUCCUACACAUUUCCUUGCACUUCCACUAAGAUCAAAAUCUCUUGAAAAAUCAAUAACAGAGAUAAAAAAGGUGCUCGUUGAUGAAGUGCCAUUAUCAAUAUUCAGAGACUAUUUACUUGCGCAUUUGACAAUUUGCACUCUUCACCUUCCCUCAGAUAAAGAAAUAGGAAACUCACUUUCUCUUUUAUAUUCAUUAAAAGAUGAAAUAUCAAAAAUUUCAGACAAUAAGAAAAUUCAUAUACGAUUCAGAGGAUUAGGUACAUUUCCUGAGGUGUUUACAGAUUGCAAAGUUGUAUAUUUAAAACCCAGCCUUAAUGAAUCAUCUCCAGCACUUUUUCCUCUGUGUGAAUUUCUUAUGAAAAAAUUUGUUGAUGCAAAAUUUAGUGAUUCUAAUCUUUUGGUGCUUCAUUCAACAAUUUUAAAUACUCGCUAUGACAAAAGUUAUGCAAAAGAAAAAAAAUCAAUCAAUGCAUCAUUUCUUAUGGACAAAUUUCCUUCCCAUUUUCUUUUUGGAGACGUUACAGUUGAUAAAAUAUGUAUUUUUAAAAUGGGUGCACGCAAGACACAAAAUGGACUAAUAUAUGAAAGUAUUGGAGAAGUAAAUAUAUUAUAG